AAGUUGUUCGUUUUUAGCGUAAAUAAUAAGCGUAUAGUAUUUAAUCGUUAUUUAAUCUUCACUAAUUUUCUAUACAGAUGAUAAUUUGUAGAAUAUGCUUAGGGAACAAAGAAAUAUUGUUUCCUUUAAAUGAUAGUGAUAAAGGUUUAAAUUGUGCUUCAAUUAUAGCAUCUAUCUCAAAUAUUGCGAAUGGGAGUACUGAUAUGAUAUGCCAUUCAUGCUGCAAGAAACUUGAAGAUUUCUAUGAUUUUAAACUGUUGAUUGAAAGGUCUGAUUUAAAGCUAAAUAAAAUUAAGAAAGUGUUUAAAUUUAAUACUAUAGAUGAAGUUAAGCUUACGCUUGAAGUUGAUGAAAAAUGUUUGAAUAGUGACUUAAAUUGCAAUAUUAUUAAAAAUGAGAGUGAUUAUAUCUACUAUAACGAUACUUUAAUAAAAAGAAUUAAUAAAGAUAAAGAAAACAAACCCCUACCAGUAGAAGACUGUCUGAAAUCUGUAAAAUAUGAAGAUAAUGAAAAUGAAUAUAUGGAAUUUUCUGAAAACGAUACAAGUUUGGAGCAUGAAGACUAUAAUUAUAAAAUGAAGAAGAAAGAGAAGAGAAAAAAUAAAGAAAAUGAAAAAAAACAUUUUUGUAUAAAACCAGUAUAUCAAAAAGAUUUGAGAGUAAUAAAAACUAACAUCCCAAAAAAUAACAAACCAAGAAGUAAAAUCCAAGAUCAACCACAUACACUGAGAGAAGAUAUUUGUCCAUACUGUGGGAAAAAGACUAAAGCUAUAAGGAGUCAUAUGUUACAACAUACAGCUGAAAGGAAGUUUAGCUGCAACAACUGUAACAGAAGCUUUUACACAAAAAAAAACUUAGAGACGCAUAUGAAGACGCAUUAUAUGGAUCCAAAAUUUAAAUGUGACCACUGCAUUGCCAGUUUUUGUUUUAAGGGAGCAUUGGCAAGACAUAUGGUAGCUCAUACGGAUGUCAGAGAAUUUACCUGUAAAAUUUGCGAAAAAACUUUCAAAUGGAAAAGUGGUCUGCACCGACACAUGCUCGUGCAUAAUUUUGCGAAACGAUUCAAUUGUGAAAUGUGCAAGAUGUCUUUCGCUACAAAGUACGCGUUCCAACAUCACUACCGCGUACAUACCGGAGAAAGACCUUACAAAUGUGAGCUUUGUUCGCAGCCUUAUAGUUACAAGCGAGACUUUAACAGGCAUUGCCUGAAAAAACACGGUGUACUUGUGGACCGCAGACCAGUAAAUGUAAUGAACGAAGAGGUAUUAAAGCAAGAGCAAAUAUUGAUGAAAGAUCUUAUUUUACGUAUGCAUGGAAUUAAAACAGAAAGAGAACCAUUGGACUAUUUUCAAGGGCCGCAAGGUGCACUGGCUUUCGCAAAAGCCGUCAAAGUAAUGCAAAGCAAAGAAAUAAUUGUUGAUGUUAAUUUAUGAAACAUAAAAUUUUGAAUGUUAUGUUUAUUGUUAAUAAAAUGUUAAAUU